UUUUUACUACUCUUUUUUAUCAAUUUUUAGAUUAAAGUAUAUUGAUAUUUCUUUUUCCUAUUAAGUAUAUAUUAAACUUGGUUUCUUUUCUUUCCACAAUACUUUUGCAAGACUUUAAAAUGAACUCAAAGCAACACAUUUGUUGGAAAGAAUUCUACUACAAGCUAAAUAAAUUGAAUGUAAACUAUUCUGAUGAAUCAAUUGAGUCUAUGAUAUAUGAUAGUUUAGAUGACAUGAAAAAAGGCCUGCUCAAAUUUAAAUCUCAUGCUUCAUCCCGUCUGAUGUUUUAUAAAAAUGAUAAAUCAGACACAGACUACUUAUAUCCUAUUUUAUCCCAACUACUUUUUAUUAAUGAGGAAGAUGCUAAAGUUGUAUAUAAUAAAUAUAAUAAGUUUGUGUGUCAAAAUGAUUUGAAUAAAACUAUGACUGAAAAUGAAUUACAUAAUGUAUGUGUUAAUGUAUGGAAUUUUUACAAUGAAGAAAUAUUGUUCUUAUUUCGUUCAUUGAAAUACAUUCUUACUGCAGCAGAAAAUCAUAACUCUCAUUAUUCUACAAUUUGUAAAAAAAUUGUACAUAAACAAAUUUGGAAUGAAUGGUAUACUUCUCUUCGAGAUCAAUUGUCAUAUGUUCGUUCAUUAACUUUUUUUGAUACUAUUGUUUACAAACCACUUCAGAAAGUGAUACAUAAACAAUUGCUUACAUUUGUUUUAAACCAGCAAAUUGAAAUUUUACAAUUGAUGGUGUUAAUUUCUUUAAAAAUGGUUGAAAUUUCAAAAAGUGAUUUUAAUGUUUGGGUCACUAAUCUAAUUGAUAAUAAUUUUGGAAAAAAUCAAACUCUGGAAUAUGAUUAUAAUAAUUUACAAACUGCAUAUCUGCCAAUAAUGAAUCAAAUUUCUAGUUUAGAAACAUUACAUACAUUACAAAUGAUAGCAAUAUUUUGGGAAAAUGAAAAUUAUGUAUGGUCAACUAAUUUAGAAUUCAACGAAGCCGAUAAAAAAAUUCGUAUGAUUCAACCUAGUAGUGAAUAUGGUAUUGUCCUAUUAGCUUGGACACUCCUUCAUCUUAAAGGCAAAUUUGGCAUCAAAAGUAAUCAAAAACUAGAAGUUUAUACAGAAGCAAUAAGUGCAUUAAAAAUGUGGCCAUCUUUAUUAGAAAUGUGUCAAUCAUCAGCUAUUAAAGAUCACCCAAUAAUAGACAAAUUAGGAAGAUUGCUAUCUGAAAACCUAAUUAUAGAAAGUAUUAAAUUAGAUAUAUUUGAAUUGGUUGACUAUGAUCCAAUUCUUAUUAAACUUUUGUCAUAUUUAUUAAAAAAAAACCCAAGAUUAUCGAUUGAAACAAUUAACAACUUAGAAAGCGGUAUUGGUUUAUUUGUAAACAAAUUUAUAGAAAUGUAUCCUGUUAAUUUAUGCAGCUUAUUUGAACUAUUUACUGGUAUUAUCAAAGGAGCUCCACAAAGUUUGAAUAAAGUAUGGACACUGAUGAAUAGUAUUGACACAUUUUAUGCUAUUGCUCCACCAGAUGGACAGUAUAUUUAUGAACAGAAAAUGGAUAAUUUUUCAUUAACUGAUAAAUAUUAUGUAAACAACUCAAUUUAUAGCAUUGAAAUUCCUAAAGACACAACAUUUAUUAUUAAUGGAGAUAUGGUUUGCUUUAAUAUUAAAGUGCCAGUAUUCUAUUUUUUGAAUUCUGCUAUUAACAACUUUAGAAUGUGUCGUGAUGAGGAUCGUAAGUCUAGUUCUUAUAUUCUUACAAAAGAGAUGCUUGUAAAUUCUAUAAAAAUUAUUCAGUCUAUUGCAAAUGUUGCAACAUCUUUGAAUGAUGAUAUUAUGGGAACAUGUGAAACAUUGUUAACACUUGUACCUAGUGUUUCCUACAUUGAUUCAAAUUAUGCGACUGAUCCAGAAAUAGUAUCUGAAAUAUUGAAAUUGGCAAGAUAUAUACUUGUUUACUUUCCUGAACAAACAAUGUGUUACUUUAAUGCCAAUAAUUUUUUUCCUUUUUUAAUGAGUAGUGUUGAAGAUUCUGUUGUAAAUUUACAUCCUUUUUCUCAAAAUUCUAUUGCAUUAAUGAUUUUGAAGUAUGGAUCUGAAAUUUAUUCAGUUUUAACACAGUAUGUUAAAUUAGUUGAAGCUUCACUUAAAGUCAGACAUGUGCUUACACAUCAGUGUGCAACAGCUGGUAUAAUGUUUGUGUUCAAAACUAUUAUGCCCUUGUUGAGUGUAUCAGAUUUUUUUGUUGGACCCAGAGAAAAAAUGAAUCUUGGUUGGGCUUGUAUACGCCUAAUUUAUGUUGUUUCUAAGUUAGAACCAGAAAGUGAUGAAGAUGAUUCAAUAAUACUUAUUAAACAAGUUAUAGAUUUAUGUCUACCACAUAGUCUUACAUCAAUUGCAUCAUUAAUGAUUUUAAACAUAGCUUCUAUAGGAGAAAAAGAUUUUAUUAAAAUUAUGCAUAAUUAUCACAGUUGGACUGUUGGACUUGGAAAAAGAAAUAUACAAUGUUUAAUAUUUGCAUUAUCCUUAUUAAAUUAUAUCAUUGACACUAAGUCAAUUUCUGACGUAAAACAAGGAAUGAAUAAUGCAUUAUUUGAUCCCGAAAGGAGGCUCUCAGUUUUAUUGUCAUAUAGAUUGACUGCAUUUCAUAACAAAUUAAGUACAUUAUCCCUUACUAUUCUUGGUACACUUGCAGAAAAACGAUUUGUCUCCUUCAGUCUUUCAAUGGGUUUUGACAAUGAUAAAAGAGCAAGGACAGAAAUGUUAUCUUAUUUAAAAAUACAUAGACUACAUUCUACUAAUAUUGUAAAAAUGUUAAAAUUUUUACACAAUGCUAUUGCGUAUCAAUGUAAGAUGUUUGAAAUUAUUUUGAAUGUGGAAUUACUUGAAAAAUGUAUUAAAGAAAAAAAACAAAUUGAACAUAAUGAUAAUAGCAUUUUAUGGUUUAUUGAAGUAGAACUAGAAACUGAUGAUUUCAAACAAGAACAAGAAAAUAAUAUUUAUCUUGAAACCUUAGGAAUUAUUCACACCUUGUGGUAUAACAGAUUUAAUUUAGCAAUGAAUUAUUUACAACAAAAUAAAAGUUUUUGGAACCUAAUAUUUAAACCACUUUUUCAUAACAAAAUGAUACCAGAAAUAAAUUCAGAAAUAUUUUCAAUUUUGUCACUUCAAGCACAUUACUGCCCUAUUGAGAGCAAUAAAGAAUUUUCUGAACAAAUUGAUAUUUUUUUGAAAACAAGAUUAAACAAUAUGUUAAAAGGAUUUUUAGAUUAUUUUGAAGAAAAUAAUGAUAAUUUUAUUGAUAUAAAAAGGAAGUUAAUUUAUUCCUGGAAGUUUUUUACAUUAUUAGUAUUAAAAAACCAUGAUUCUGCUGUAACCAAUAAAUAUCAAGUAGUUGAUAAUAUUCUAAAAUUAUUUAUCAUUGAGCUUAAAGGUAAUGAUACUAGUUCAAUUGUCAGCUUGGGAGAGUCCUUAUUGAUUAUGUUACAAAUAUGGAAGAAGAACUGUAUAAAAGAUUCAAAAUCAACUAUUGAUGAUGUACAAUUAAUAUUAAAAUUACUAAAUCAUAAUGAAACUUUAUCAAAAAGUCAAACAUCCAAAACUACUGUUUUGAUAGUAGUGAACGAGAUCACAACUAUUAUAUUUUCUGAUAAUGAAUCAUCAACUACUAUUCCUGAAGAUAUUAUUAGUAAUGAAAUGUAUAUUACUAUUUGUGAACUUGCUGAAAAACAGUUGGAAAACAUCAAUGAAUCAGAUCAAGAAUUUCGAUCUGUUCUUAUUAAUUUAAAACUUACGAACCAAUUAUUUUAUAAAAUUAUCCCUAUUAUUACUAGACUGUCUAAUAACUGCUAUCAAUCAUAUUUUUUGACAAAUACAAUUAAUCAGAUACUUAAAUAUGUGGAUAAAUGCAAUAAAGAAAAUCAAAUUAAUUCUGUCACUGUUGAAGUGGCUGAUUUUCUUUUAUAUUUAUCCUCAUCAAAGCAUUUUCGUUUACAAUUUGGUACACAGCCAUAUAUUGUAAAGCAUUUAUGUGCUGUACUAUCUGCCAAAUUUGUGACUCAUACAAAUGAAUGCGAAUUGAAAUUUGAUGAUUCUAAACGAUUAUGUGUCUAUAAAAAUUAUUUUAAAAUACUAUUAAAUUUUAUAGUAAUUUGUGACAGUUGUGUAAAGAAAGUAGCAAUACAACAACUAACUUCAAUUUUCUCAGAUUUAUCUAUAAUUCUAAAUUUUCCAAAGAAUAUGAAAUUAUCAAAUCCUCAUUUAAAUCUUGUACAAUCAGUUAUUCAAUUAAUGAAUUUAAUAGUUUCUAAAGAAUAUUAUUAUUAUUGGCAAUCUAUUGGUGGUUCAUGUUUUAUUGUUCUUGAAAAAAUUAUUAUAAGUAUAUGGGAUUGUGCUUAUGGUUCAUAUUUACAAUUAAAUGAUCCAGAUAGUUUAAUCAUGAGUAUAUUUAAAAAUGAGAAAGUACAAUUAAAUCUUCCUGGUUGGAAAACAAGGGAGGAUAUAUUUACAGAAAAAGAUUUAAUCAAAAUUAACAAAACAAGAAAAAUUCUUUUUGAAAUGUUGUAUUCUUGUAAUUCAAUUCUUGCACGAAUCAUGGUUCCUCCUUAUGAAAUUGUAUCGCUGCUUCAGUUGGGUAUUAGUAAUGCUAAUAUAUUUAGGAACAUUGUGAGCAAUGAAGUAAUUAUUGAUUCAAAAUUCAGUACGUUUUUUACUGUUGAUGGACUGAUUGAAAUGAUUGUAUUCCUUUCUGACAAAAUAACUAGACAUGGAGUGGUUUCUACAUCAUUGAUAUCAGCACUCAACGAAAGAUAUGUAUUAGAUGUAGAUUUAGCAAGUUUGAACGAUGCAUUAGAACUUUGUGUGUAUAUAUUUACCAGUCAACUUUUAAUGAAAGUAUCACAAAACAGUGAUAAUAAUCAACAACUAACUGAAAUAGCUGAUAUUGCCAAAAACAUGAGUUUACUUCUUUAUAGAACAAUAAGCAAAGAUGUAGAAGAUAAACGUAUAACUUCAUUUGAAAUAAGAUCUCAACAAUCAAAUGUUGAUGGGUCAGGAGAUUUACUAAUUGGUUUUAUGAAGUUAUUGGAAUUUAUUAAAGACAUUCACAGGAUUUCAACUGCUUCAUCAAGAAAGGAAAUAUCAUCUGGAUGAAAUUACUAAAAUGAAUACUGUCUUGAUUUACGAAUUAUAAUUUUUUUCAGAGACUGAUAAUAAAUAUUUAUUUAUUAUUA